AUGUCAGCCGACACAAUCACCUCUCUCGCCGGCGGCGGCCUCAGCGGCUCCGGACUCGGCAGCCUAACAGGAAUGCUCCAAGGCGGCGUGAACAACCUAAUCAACGCCGGCGGAGGCUGGCUCGACCGCUUCUUCCCGCCCGAGAAGCGCGAACAAUGGAAACAGUGGCUGACCAAAUUCGCCACGGAGCGACCGUACCUGGCCUCUUUCUUGCUAUCACAAAUCGCACUGUCCGGAUUUCCGUUGGUUCUGUUCGGAUUCAUGUCAGUAACAGUAUUUAUCUUUGCAUUGAUAGCUGGGAUCUUGGUCGGCGUCCUGGGCGCAUUACUGUUCACAGUUGCCGCGAUCGGGUUCGCCCUGCUCAUUUUGCUGCCCGUCUUGUUCUUCACGACUGGCGCCGCCGUGUUUAUUUGGCUCUGGGGCCUGGGCGCUUAUUAUAUCGUCAAGUGGUUCAAUCAAAAAGAUGUCCCUGGUAUACAUACCGAUGCUGCGGGCGGAUUGGCCAAGGCGGCCGGAUUGAGUGAUUUGCCUGGUGUCAAUGGGGUGUUGUCUGGUGAUGAUGCUGGACAUCCAAAGCAGCAGCAGCAGCAGCAUGAUGGCAAACAGGACAGCCACCAACAUGGCAAUCAAACGCAUGAGCAACACCAUCAGAAACCUGCACAACGCACACCGGCGAAACUUGACAAGAAGGAAAAGGGGCAGAACAGUGGUGGUGCUACUACGGGUACUACGACUGGGGCACAGCAUAAUCAUCACGAUACAAAGGAUUCAAACCAUAACCACACAGCACAUCAGAGGAAGGUCCAGAAUCAAGCGAGUCGCCCUUCUUCGAAUGGACCGAAUUCGAAAGUCAACGACACUGUUGAUGGAGUGGGAAAAACAGCCAGCGGGACUGUAGGAGAUGCGACCAAGGCUAUUGGGAUAUGA